GAGGGAGGGGGAAUUGGGUCCAAGGCUUAUUUUUUGGAUUUUGUGUAAGGAAUCUCUUGGUGGUCCCAUGGACUAUGUUAUUAAAGUUAUACCUCUAAUAGGAUUUGGAGUAUAUAUAGGAAUGGAGUACAUAAUUAUACUAUGGACUAUCUAGAGUGAUCUAUACUUUUGGCAUUUAUCAAGUAGCCUAUAGGCACCUGAUGUAUCAAAUUUUAGUAAUAUGCAUUUAAUUAAAUAGGGUAUGUCAUACACAUUAGAGACUAAGGACCAUAGACUAAGUAGCAAAAUAAUCCAUACUCUUUAGAUUUAUCAAGCAUAUAGGCAUGUGUUGCAUAAGAAUAUGGUUUGAUGGACUUAUUUAAACAUAGGAUGUCAUACAUAUUACAUUUUGGACUAUGGACCAUAGAUUAUAUAUUUCAUCAGUUAGCAUGUAUGCAUCAAGUAGCAUGUAUGCUUAGAAAUAGGGCACUAUGGAUUUAUUUUAUUAGAGGUUGUCAUACGCUCAUGUGUACAUAUUGGAUUUUGAAGCAUGGACUAUGUAUAUAUGUAGUAAAGUGUUAAGUAGUAUUUUGCAUUUAUCAAGUAGCAUAUAAGCGUGUGAUGUAUAGAAAUGGGGCACUAUAGAUUUAUUUAACUAGAGGAUAGCAUACAUAUUGGACUCGUUCCCUUAACCAAUGGUAGUUGCGGACCUUGGGGCCAAUCAACUGAGAACCUUAAUUCCUAUACUUGAAGAAUCUCGAUAUUAGAAUAAGAGGAACCCUGUUUAUGAUGAACGGAAACCUCGAUCCCUUAACCAAGGGAACCCGUACUAGCUCUACUUGACAACCUCGUUUAAUGUGUAGUGGAGCUUAGAUUCUUACUAGUCAAAAUCUCGAACUCAUCGAUAUGGGAUCUCGCUCCCAUAAACCUAAAGAUCUCGUUCCCUCUCUUGUUGAUUGUACGGACGUCGAUCCCAAACCAAAGGAACUUACACAAUAGUGUGGUUCGACGAUUCCCGAAUCGAUCCCUCUCCCGAUCCCACUUCCGUAGCCAACAACUAUGUUCAGGACUAGCCCAAUGGAGUACUCCAAUACCUAGUGUUAAACCUAGAGAUCUCAUUACUUUUGGUUCAUUUAAUUUAUUUUUGACCAUAAAAGGUGUGUUAAUGAUUAAAAAUCACUGUUGAUUUUUUUUAGGUUUUUUUGGAUUUUUUAAAACCCCAAAUAUGAUCCAUAUGUAUUUGUUUCACCCAAGUGACCAUUAAGGACAUCCCUUGGGAAUGCCACAUGGGUCCCAAAUGGCCAUAGGGAUGCCACGUGGCACCCCCACAAUCCCUUUGGAGGCUGAUGUGAGGCCCAUUGCGUUGGGGCAUUUUUGACCUUAUGUCAUUUGUUUGAAUUAAGCCAUGUGUUGUUCAAUGUCACAUUUUGAAAUGUGAUAUCAUAUGGUUUUUAAUUUUCAUUUUGUCACAUGCUCCAUUACCACACUUGUGACAUAUCUUAGCAUGUGUGAUGCCAAUUUAUUUGAAUAAUAAUUUGAAUUAAAAGCCUUUUUCCACAUAGGAUAUUAAGGCAUGUGUGGGUUCUUCACAUGGCUUUAUCCCAUAGGUUGGAGCCAUGUGAAGAACAUGUGAGGAACAUGUGAUUAGAGAAAUUUUAUUGAUGGUGUAAUAAGCUUUUUCCUUCCCCAUGUGAGAUUUUACUUAUUACCAAAAUGGACAUGCCCUUGUCCAUUAAAUAGUCUCGUGAUUUUAUAAAAAAUAACUAGGUUUCAAAAAGCGCUAGGCGGUCCCUAAACGGCUUGCUUGGUGUCAGAACCUCGGGUGCCCGUGCCCGAUAGUUUUAAAAAAACGAGAAACGCCUUACAUCCUUGGGCGCUCGCCUAGGUGCCCGCCUGGGCGCCCGCCCAGGUACAUCCGCUUGUGUAGGGCCGACUGGGUCUAGGAGGGCAGAUUUUUGGUCCAGGCCGCCUAGGCGCCAGGCGGACCGUUUUUUAAAACAUUGAAAAAUAAGGGCUUUUAUGAAAUCUCUACAUUGGACCUCUGUGAAAAUAAACCAUGGGACAUGGACCAAAGUCUAAAUGAUUUAAAUUAAGGUUAAAUGGGUGAUAAAGGUGAUUAAAUCUUGUCCCUACAUUUUGGUGGUUGGAUGUGGAUGAGUGGCUAGAAUUAUAGCUUCUCAUGUGCCAUAGAUCUAGAAUACUGAACACCAAGGGCUAAAAUCACUUCACACGUUACAAUCAAACAUAAAUAUCACUUAAAGGUUCAGUUCAACUCUAACUUAAUACAACAAUUUUAAAUUUAGAGUGAGAAAGAGAGAGCCCAUCUAGAGCCUCACGAACCUCCCUUUUGGCUGAACCAAUCCACUCGAAAGCUUGAGAUAGAAGUUCGCAUGGUGUCUCAUCUUCAUCUUGAAGUUCAAUAGCUUCUUCUCGCAUAUCAAGGUCAGCAGAAAAGGUUUCUGGAUUUCCAAUGAUAUGUUCUGGAAGGAUAAUGUGCCAUAUCGUAUAAUCGGUGGUGAUGUACAUUAUUUUCGAGUUCUUCCAGAGCAGUACUGGGAAGAUAGACUAUUGAGGGCAAAGGCUCUUGGGUUGAAUACUAUACAGACCUACGUGCCUUGGAAUUUGCAUGAGCCUCAGCCUGGGAAAUGGGUAUUUGAGGGUGUUGCAGAUCUUGAAUCCUAUCUCAAGCUGGCUAAUGAGAUGGGAUUUAUUGUCAUGCUUCGUGUAGGACCAUAUAUAUGUGCAGAGUGGGAUUUUGGAGGCUUUCCCGCUUGGUUACUCUCUGUGGAACCUCCUCUCAGAUUAAGAUCAUCUGAUCUUGCAUAUCUGCUCUUGGUUGAAAGAUGGUGGAAUUAUCUCCUUCCUAAGCUAGUUCCACUACUUUAUAAUAAUGGUGGACCUAUUAUUAUGGUUCAGGUUGAAAAUGAAUACGGAUCAUUUGGAGAUGACAAAAAGUAUCUUCAUCACCUAGUUGCUUUGGCUCGAGUACAUCUUGGAGAAGAUGUUAUUUUGUAUACUACCGAUGGAGGAUCUCGAGAUACUCUUGAUAAAGGAACUGUACUUAGGAAAGAUGUAUUUGCAGCUGUUGACUUUUCAACUGGUGAAAACCCAAUCCCUAUAUUUGAACUGCAGAAGAAAUAUAAUGCUCCAGGGAGAUCUCCUGCUCUUUCAACGGAGUUCUACACUGGGUGGCUUACACAUUGGGAUGAGAGAAUUGCAAAGACGGAUGCUAGUUCGACUGCUGUUGCACUAGACACCAUUUUAUCUCAAAACGCAUCUGUGGUGCUUUAUAUGGCACAUGGUGGAACGAACUUUGGUUUUUUCAAUGGUGCGAAUACUGGUCAAAGUGCAUUUGACUACAAGCCUGAUCUCACGUCAUAUGAUUAUGAUGCUCCGAUAAAAGAAUUUGGAGACGUGGAGAACCCGAAAUUCAAAGCACUACGGGCUGUUAUUCAAAAACAUAGCACUGGACAACUGCCUCCCAUACCAUUAAAUAAAGGAAGCAGAGCAUAUGGGCAAGUUAAAGUGAAGAAAAUUGGUUCUUUGUUUGAGUUACUUGAUUUUAUUACUGAACCAACAAAAGUGGUCAAGACACAUCAGCCAAUGCCCAUGGAAAAAUUAGGGCAGUUUUAUGGAUUUAUGCUCUAUGUAUCAGAAUAUCCAUCUAAGGAAUUUGGAAGAGUCCUUUCUAUAAAACAGGUCAAGGAUAGAGCUCAAGUGUUUGUUGCAUGCAAGUCAACGAAAAUCUUACAUUCUCCAAUAUAUGUCGGCAAAAUUGAGAGAUGGUCAAGUGUGGAUCUUCAUCUUCCAAGCCUCAUUUGUCCUGAUAACAUCAGUAUACUUAUUUUGGUUGAGAACAUGGGUCGUGUAAAUUAUGGGCCUUUCAUUUAUGACAGGAAGGGGAUACUUUCUGAUGUUAUGUUGGAUGGCUCUCCUCUUUAUGGAUGGAGGAUAUUUCCGAUCUCCUUUGAUGGAAUCAGCAAUAUUUCAAAUGUUAAUCUUAUUAAGCAGGCUCCGAUAUCAAGAACUUUGAAGAAAAUUAUUCAAAAUGACUCUAUGUCCCAUUUGAAGUUAUCCAAAGGACCAGGAGUCUUUGAAGGCCAUCUUUCAAUUGACUCAUCAGAUGAAGUUAAAGAUACAUUUAUAUCAUUGAAAGGUUGGAACAAGGGUGUUCUCUUUGUUAACAACUUUAACAUUGGAAGGUUCUGGGUGUCUGUUGGACCCCAAUGCACCCUUUAUCUUCCUGCUCCACUGCUGCAUUAUGGAGAAAAUGUUGUGGUCAUUUUGGAGCUUGAAGAUCCGAAUCCUGAUCUCUUGUUGAACUUUGUAGAUGGACCUGAUUUUACAUGCUACGCAAAAUCACCAAAACCAAAUCUUAUUUAGGCUGUCAUUACAGGUUAAGAUGAGUGGAAGAAAUUUUGGCCCAUUUUCCAUUAUUUGUGAAACUUGCAGCACCAAACUUCUAAAGAAAGCCAGGGGGCUUUUUUCAAGAAUGGUGAGCAACUUGGGUCAUUUUAAGCUUGGUAAAUUGUGUAUCACGAUACAUGUAGAUUAUGAAUGGUAUGUUGCAUAUAACUUCAACCAGCUAGUUAGAUGAACCAAUGAUUUAAUUCUUGUCGAUUCA